CAUACAAAAUCCAUUGUUAUGAAUGAUAUGAGUGUAACAUUUGAUUCAGAUAAAUUAAAACAAAAGAAAAACAACUAACCUCAUUCACUUCAUUCAUUGAAAUGAAUAAAUAACAUUGGUAACUUGAUAUAUUGUCAAUGGGUUUCCUUUGUUGUUGUUAGUUUCUUUAUUCUAUUGACAAGAUAUAAACAAUUUAUAAUAUUCAAUUACUAAACAUUAUGAUUCAUUAUCAUCAUCUAAUAUAUAUAUAUCAAAAUAGUCAAUCUAACAGGUAUUCAUUAUGUAAUUAUUAUCUUAUAUGGUAUUUUAUAUUAUCUUAUAUAUUUGCAAUUCCAUUCCAUAGAAUGCAUUCAGAGAUUACAGUCAGUUUACCGGAUACUUAUAUGUCACAUAUAAAUACAAAUAAUAAUUAUUAUUUAAAAGAUUAUCAUAUCAUUAAUUUUAAACAUUUGAAUAAACAAAAUACAAAUUUAUCAUUGAAUAAUCAAAUUAAGAAUAUAAUGGAUAAUUCUAAUUUAACUAGAAUAAAAGAGCAUAAACAAUAUCAUAGACAACAAUUAUAUCAACCGACAGAAGCUUUACACUUUCAUUCAGGUUCAUAUUUAAUUAACAAUCCUUUACAUGUUAGUUCACAGAAUCAAUAUUUAACUGAAUUGGAACAAUAUUAUCCAAAUGUUUGGUUUCAACAAAGAAAAUAUUUGACAACAUCUAAAUAUCGUUCCGAUUUAUGGACUACAUUACAUGUCGAAAAUUGUUAUGAAGUCAAACCAGCUCCGGACUUGUUAUCUCAAGAAGAAAUUCAUUGGUAUGAAAGAAAUUUACUCAAUUAUAAUAAUAAAAAACGUUUUUCAAGACAAACUAAAAGAAAAUAUAAAAGUUAUUAUAAGAAGUUACCUGGUUUAAAAAGUCAAUGGCUUCGAAGUAAAAGAAAUUGGAUCAAAUCUCCUAAAAAGUUUACAUGGUUAACAAGAAAGCAGAAUAAAAAUUACUCUUUAUUGAGAUCAAAACGCUCGGUUCAUGAAAAUGAGAUCAUUGCAAAUGAAAAAUUGAAAAUAUCUAGCAACACAGUUGUAACCAACCAGAAUGUUGGAAAUAAAUCUGCAUUAAAUCAUCAUUCUACAAAUAAUGUUGUUGCUGUAAUCACUGUGCACAAAAUUGCUAUUCGUCCAUCUGUAUUAAUUUUAAAACAAGGGAAUGUUCAAGCACGUAUACAGUAUGUUAUGCAAUUACAUAAAGAAUUAACUGAACAAUAUCGGCUUAUUUUAGAAGUACGUAUAAAUCCGGAAUUUCCUCCGUUAUACAUUGGAGUGAUCCAGAAUGUAUGUGAUUACUGGCCAGCAAAUGUUCCACAAUCAAAAUGUUCACUGAAAAGACCUAGAUUUUAUCAGAAAAACACAAUGUGCUUUUGUAAUAUGCCACCGGGUAUUUAUAGACAACGUGUGAAAUUGAAUCUUAACAAUAUUCUAGAUGAACUUGAAUUACCGCGAUUUUUAGUUAAUUUCUUAUUUUCUGAUAAGAAACUCGAUGUUCAUAUUACAAUCAAACUAGAAAUGGAAAAUAAAGAUCUUGUAGGUUGUAUGAAAGUGAAAUUACCAUUACAAUUUAUAUCUGCAUAAAGAAUCAAAUGCCUCAUACUAAUUUCUUUCUUUCUUCUUCUUUUUCUUUUUUCUUCCUUUAUUUUGCAUUAUUUUUCAUAAAUGUACUAUUCAAUUGUACAAAAAGGAAAAACUCAUGUUCACUUCAUAAACUCAUUUUAAGUUUACUAUUUAAUUGUUUGCUUUAUUAUAAAGUAAUUUCUCAGGUUUAUUUCUUCUUUUCUUCUUCUUUUUUCUCUUUUGUUUUUUUAUAAAAAAAACAACAAAAAAUAACAACUUACAUGGCAACAUGAUAUAUAUCUAUUACACUUUAUGAAUGAACAAGUUAUCUAAGGUUUGUUUGUUCAUGUUAAAUUCCUUUUUCUUUGAAAAAAAACAAGAAAAAAGAAAAAGAAAAGAGAGAAGUUGUAACAUAGAGACAUGUUACUAUUUCAUAUAUAAUGAAUUCAUUGAAUUUAUUCUCAAAGAUAUGUAAAAAUAUUUUUUAUAAAGUAACUUUUGUUUCAAAUAAAGAAAUCAUCAUAGCAACAAGAACGACAACAACAAAAAGAAAAAAAAUUUUUAAUUUUUAAUACAACAGGCUUUAGUAUCAUAUCAUGUGUUUCUUGGGUGAAAUGAUUUAAUGAUAUAUGUUUAAUUUUUUUAUUUUAUUUUCUAUUCUGGAUAAUACCAUUAAUGAUUACUUUGUGUAGA